CACAGAAGUUCCCUUGGAGAACUGUGAAGUCUGAAACAGAAGAGGGGAAACUGCCUCUCCGAUGCACCAGCAGUGACUGGCUGAACAGGCUCACUCGGUGAACAAGCUUGUCAGUGGGAGGUAACCUCAAUGAAGACCCCCUCUUGUACUAAUCAAUUCAGUGUCCAUCUAUUGCUGCGGUUUUUUUCCGGAGGGAUGUGCGUAAAUGAAGAACACACUGAGGUAUUGUAAAGCGCACGGAUGGGCACAGCCUGCCUGCGCGCAUUGGAACGAAAUCACCUGUGAACACAAGCAGCUACAUACAGCCUGCAUCGACAGAAGAGGAGGUGACCGGACUCGGACGACCAGAAAUCUGUGGAUGAUAACCCUUCAAACCCAUUUUACCCUCCGUGUGUGUGUCUCAUUGAUGGUUCCGCGAGACUCGAAUCGGCGAAAAGCGUACGUGGAUGGAACGAGGGCGCAGAAGUGAUGCCUACCUUUGGUGAACUAUAACUCCCGUCCAGACAGUCUAAAAACGCGGAUCGGCGCUAAAACAUGUGGGAAUAAAGCCAAGCGAAACGACUGUUUGCAUUAAGGAUUGCUGCCUUAUCGCCUGGCGGUGUUUAAAAGGCUUGUUGAGGAUAUCUGCUGGAUUUUAUUUCGGAUGUGGCAUAUUUUUCUCUUAAAAUGGAGACCCUGAAGCUGAAAAAAGAGAUUUUCAUCUAUUUUUGCAACUUUUCAAAUCCCCCGACGUAUAGGAUGCCAGUUAAAUCGCUCAGUUGCGGGACUGUUUUCAUCGAGACAACCAGGAGGGAAGAUAAAAAAUAAGCGUCUUGGAAUCCGCACUGGGUUGUGAGGUGAAAUCUAAUCAGAUUCAGCAGCCUUGAUGACUAAGACAAGAGACUUGGAGGAAAGUUAAAUUUGGAAAAGACAGCGAAUGGGACUUUAAAAUAACCCCACUGCUGCCCCUCUAUGUAUGGAUGAUGGUCUACUUCAAUCUGCAGUGUGCUUACGGGGUUUUCAGGAUGGAUCCACCUGGAAAUUGACCACAGGAGGUUCUCUUCGCCUUUGUGGAGAGGCUUCUUUUGAACAUUUCAUUUAGAUUUUAAAGCAGGAAAAAAAAAAACAGUGUUGCUUCACAUUGACCUAUAACUCUUUGAGAAAAUCUAGAUCCCCAGUGGGUGUCUCUUUGCAUCGGGAGAGUCAAUUCAACAAUGGCACUUGUAGGCGCCUUCGUAUUCUGUGUAUCCCGAAGAAAGGAGGAAAUAUCGGAUGUGUGGUAAUCGCUGUGAGAUUUGAAUCCAUUUCAUGCAGACUGAUGUGUGGAUUACAUACCACGUCGUCCUGAGAGCAAGAGCACAAUGUGUCUCAAAAGAAAAUAUCAUCAAUGCAAGAUCGCCUGAGAAUUGCGGAUGUUUUUUGGAUGCAGUUUUGUGGAGGGAGCGGAGCAGGGACCCGUCUCCGCCUGAAGCAAAGAUCCUGAAGACCUAGGCGUCUUUAUGAACAGGGACAGUGUUACAGUGGAUUGGAAGUUAACAUGAGGAUGACAGGAACCUUUUGGAAGUGUGAUUGAAUUGGCAGUGAGCCAGAAUCCUCUUUCCAGAGAGUGAAAGACCAGCCAAUGAAUUAUGAAUGUUAAACAAGAUGACCUCCUCUCAGCAGCAGCAGAUGAUGCGAGGUCCUAGGUGGAACCGGGCCUUGUCCGACCCUUUGUUUGUGCUGCUCCUGGCCCUCCAGCUGCUCGUGGUGGCAGGGCUGGUACGUGCUCAGACGUGCCCCUCCGUCUGCUCCUGCAGCAACCAGUUCAGCAAAGUCAUCUGCACCAGACGAGGCCUACGGGAAGUCCCUGAUGGCAUCUCAACCAACACACGCUACCUGAAUCUACAAGAAAAUCUCAUCCAGGUCAUAAAGGUGGACAGCUUCAAGCACCUAAGACAUUUGGAGAUUUUGCAGCUGAGCAAAAACCACAUACGCAAAAUUGAGCUGGGAGCGUUCAAUGGACUGGCUAGCCUCAACACCCUGGAGCUUUUUGAUAAUCGCCUCACUACUAUCCCAAAUGGGGCAUUUGAGUACCUGUCCAAACUAAAGGAGCUUUGGCUGAGGAAUAACCCCAUAGAGAGCAUUCCCUCCUAUGCUUUCAACAGAGUGACUUCAUUGCGGCGGUUGGACCUUGGGGAGCUCAAACGGCUCUCUUACAUCUCUGAGGGAGCAUUUGAAGGACUGAGCAAUCUGCGGUACUUAAAUCUGGGAAUGUGCAAUCUGAAGGAAAUUCCUAACCUUAUUCCCCUGGUGAAGCUGGAUGAGCUGGAGAUGUCGGGUAACCAGCUAUCUGUCAUCCGACCUGGCUCCUUCAAAGGGCUUAUCCAUUUGCAAAAGCUAUGGAUGAUGCAUGCCCAGAUCCAGACCAUAGAAAGAAACUCUUUUGAUGACCUGCAGUCGCUAGUGGAGCUCAAUCUAGCCCAUAACAACCUUACCCUAUUGCCCCAUGAUCUCUUCACCCCUUUACACCGUCUGGAGAGGGUGCACUUGCACCACAACCCGUGGAAUUGUAACUGUGACAUUCUUUGGUUAAGCUGGUGGCUUAAGGAGAUGGUACCUGCAAACACCAGCUGCUGUGCCCGCUGCAGCUCACCGUCCCACCACAAGGGACGAUACAUCGGUGAGCUGGACCAGAACUACUUUCACUGUUAUGCUCCUGUUAUUGUGGAGCCUCCCACGAAUCUAAAUGUGACAGAGGGAAGCGCUGCAGAGUUGAGAUGCAGAGCAAGCUCCUUGACCUCUGUAAGCUGGAUUACACCCAAUGGUUCCAUCAUGACACACGGUGCAUACAAGAUCAGAAUCUCUGUGCUGAACGAUGGCACUCUGAACUUCACCAAUGUUACCAUGCAGGACACUGGCAUAUAUACAUGUAUGGUCAGUAAUUCUGCUGGUAACACAACAGCAUCAGCCACGCUCAAUGUGUCGUCUACAGAGAACAGCAGCUUCAGCUACUUCACCACCGUCACAGUGGAGACCAUAGAGACGCCGCAUAAUGAAGGCUACACCACAGCCGUGCAACAGAAGGUGGGCCCCACUCCCUCUGCUGGUACAUGGGACUCUGUUUCACCCACUUCUACAACCACUACUACCACGGUCCGGACCCCACUUUCCACUCGUGCCACAGAGAAGACUUACACAAUCCCUGUGACGGAGCUUGGUGGGGAGGGCUCACUGAACGGCUUGGAUGAGGUAAUGAAGACGACUAAGAUCAUCAUUGGCUGCUUUGUUGCAAUCACACUCAUGGCAGCUGUCAUGCUGAUAAUCUUCUACAAGAUGCGCAAACAGCACCACCAGCAAAACCAUCAUGCACCCACACGCACUAUCGAGAUCAUCAAUGUGGAUGAGGACUGUGUAACAGGAGGCCCGGGCAUGGAGGGCCACCUGACACUGCCUCCACUUGAGCACGAGCACCUCAACCACUAUAACACUUAUAAGACUGCAUACAACCAUGCAACUCUCAACUCCAUACACAGCUCAGUGCACGAACCUUUGUUAAUUCGGGCCAGUUCAAAAGACAACGUACAAGAGACCCAAAUCUAACACUUUUUUCAAAAUGAGACAUUAUAAAACUGAAGGAAUAACAUAAAGACAUUGGUGAACAGACUUAGAUGACUGUUUGUGAGGACUAUGGCCCAACAUGAAGGAACAGAAACGUGUGUUGGGCAAAUCAGUGGCUGGUGAUAUUUGUUCAAUGACUUUGGGAACUAGGGUAUGUCUACUGUUUCAAAAAGUGUCUUUACAAAACAGAAGUUAUUUAUUUAAGAAAAAAAAAACUAUUGUGGUUAAAUCAAGAAAAAACUGUAUUCUGCAUUAUUUUUCCAGCACUUAAGUCAUUUUUCUUUUCUUUUUCCUCUUAUUUCACAGUAUUGGUUUACUAAUAUGCCUUCAAACUCUUUGUGAAGACAUCUGUCGAAGAAAAACUCCUGAAGCAAAUUAUUGUUAAUCUUUGAAAAUUUCAGACUUGGGAUCAGAUGAGAGAGUAACCUCGUUCUGCCCCAUGUCAAUCAAAGGAAUCUAGAGCACAUUAGUGAUUUUCUCCAGCUGUGGAUUAAGUGAUGAGAUCUUUUUGCUACCAUCUGUAACGGAGAUGAAUGAACGCAUGUUCAUUAUUUUACACAACUGUCAGUCAGUAGAUUUGAUCACAACUCACUCUUUAAUUAUAUCUGUCACAUACAUAUUAGACACUCCUGCUCUGUUUUCUAUAGACUGAGAAUCUUUAGUGAGGAUAAUAUGUCCUGCCUUUUGCUAUUAUUAGUGUCGAUGCUCACUAUGAGAAGAACAUUUAAGUUAAAAUUAAAUUCUGUUGAUUAACUAUGAAAGAAGCUCAUGUUUGUCUUUGUGUUUCUAGUGUAUAUGCAAAAAAAAUCAACUCAUUUAAGUUACAAGUGAUUCUGAUACCCCCGAACAUUUUAUUGAUUGCAUUUAGACUGAAUAGAGUUUAAAAUGAUACAGGAGCAGCGUUACAUUACAUUAUUCUUAUUGAAAUUGAGACAGAUAUAAAAAUCAGAAAGAAGGCUUGUGAAAACCGUAGAUGUUAAAAGUGAUGAAAAAGCCCAGAAGCUCAAAAUAUUUCAAAUAUAUUAUGGCCUGACCUCUACCAUACAAUUAUUUGUACUGUUGCAUUCGAAGAUGAUAGCUUUGAAGCCACCUUUUCACAUUGAGAGUCCUUGAAUCCCACUGAUGGACUGAGAAAAGAGCGUUAACCCCUUUAUGCAGCUGUCUGAUCACAUCGCCUGUCAUCUGCCAGCCACAAUCUCACAUGGGCAUCAUCUGGCAGCCCCAUAUUCACACCCUGCUCCAGCCAACCACAGGACUUGGCCCUUAGCUGCAGGGCUUAGUCUGUGGGAGACUUUAAGGGUGGAUGUGUGGGAUCCGGCAUCAACCAGAUGUUUAGGAUGCACCUGCCUCUCUCCCUCUCCCUCAGCGACAUCACAAUUUACAUUUUAAUUGAUGUGCCUGCAGGCUGUGGGUGGACACAGCUCUCCAGGCAGCCAUACCCUGGAAACCAUUUCAGAGUCCCCUCCAUGUAAGAAAAAACAAACAACAAAAAAAAACCACCAGGCAUCUGAUCAGAAGCAGAGGUUAGGCAGACAUUUGGUGGAUCCAACACUUGAGUAAAUUCUGGGUAUAAGAGGUCAGGUCACAACAUUUUCAAUUCAGCUUUGUGUUUUUGCCAUAUACGAAGGGGUUUUGGACAUCAAUUAUAUUGAGUGGAAUGCCACAUACAACUACUGUUGUAGAAGGUGGCAGGGGCUUUUUAUGGAUAAACUAUGUUGUGAAUUUCAAACACUGAAUUCCUAAAUGUUGGAAAAGGAUUGGUGCAAAAUACCAAAUUUAACAUUGGACAGAGGCUGUGAUCAUUGUGGAUUUGUGGACUCGCAGUGGAUUUCAAAGAGGGGUUUCAUCGCUGAAUUGAUUGACACAUUUGAAUAAUGUUCCCUGAACUUCUCCAACUGUAAACAAAAUCUCUGCUGCCUACCUGUACUAUCCAUCUGUUUAACUAAAUGACAACACUGUCAGGGUCUUAUGAGAUGUAAUGUUCUUCAGACCAUACUUGUUGCAAUUCCAACAUGCAAGUUUCCGUCACAGUUGAGUGAAAGUUUGAUAAAUAUGUAAUAUUUCACAUUCGAGAAUAAAGAUUCAUUAAGAAAAUGUGGCCAGGUGGAAUUUACCAUGGACCUCGUAGGGACAGCUUUGAAGUUUUCACGGAUGAAAUAUCCUCACACAAAAACUGGUGAAAUCAAAAACAGAAAAGCUCCCUCCCAUAUGUUAAUGGUACACAUCUCCUAAGCAGGGGGAAUGAAUGAGGAAGUAAAUAUUCAUCCCAUUACUAGGAUUUGAAAAUAGAUUUAAAUGAAGCAACAAGAUUAUAGUCUUAAGCCCUAUUCACACAGGAGUUGUAACACCUGGUGGUUUUCUGUUGUAUGUAAUACAAUAACUGCAUUGAUUAUGCUUGUCAAUAAUCUAUGCCGGUAAUCUAAAAACUCUGCAGCAAAUUACCUCCUUUUAUUCCAUGUCAUACAGAGUUAAUUGGAUUCUUUGUGAAAGAGAGUAAUUAAAUCUACUUUAUUUCCUGUAUAUUUUCUAGAUUAAGACUUAAUCGUGGCCUCAGCAAAAACUAUAAAUAGAACUUUCAUCAUCACUUGAGAUGCAAAUACAGGAGAAUAAUGGUCAGUUUGAUGCACACCUGUAUGUUACAAGAUGAAUUGAUGAAUGCAAUAACUCUGAAAAUCAAAGUGAAAAAACAACCCUCUUUAUUUUACUUUGUAUGUGCUUCACACAUCAAAGAAGUGGUGAGUAGAUUCCUAAUUAUGAGGUCCUCCAGUAUAAUUAGUCCAGACUGAAUAAGGUUAUUGGUUACCUCAUACUAUACUUUAUUUGUCACCUGGACACUGUUCUGUUUGUAAUUGCACUUCUGUGGAGUUUGGGACAUUUGUAAACCAUAGACUGUCCAGGGUUUGUGCCAUUUAGUCUGUGUUUGGGUCCCUAGUGGUGGGAUGUGGAUCACAAUUCUACUCAGUUCAUGUAAGAAAGUAAUUGUAAGAAAGUUAACCAUCUUCCCUUUCCGCCUUUAGUUGGAGGUAAAUUGUCUGAAAAUUUAAAGUCGUAAAUUUGUUGCAUCUUAGUCGAGCUGUCUCAUGUAUGUAAGAUAUCUAAAUAUUUUGGUCAAUAUUUUUUUAUUUGUUUUCCCACAUUCUUUUUUCGUUCUGUUUCUGAGAUUGAAUGCCGUUUUAGUGGUAGGUUUAUAUAAAAACACAUUUUGAGAAUAAAACAAAAGAAAAAAAAUUAACAUUUUACAUGUGCCAACAACCUGUUCUAAAAAGUGCAACAAGAGAAACAUGAUGUUAAAGAAUACCAGACUGAUUUUCAUGUAAGCAUUCUUUAAUGACCUUUAAAAGAUAUGGAGAUCGAUUAUAGAGACCAGAGUUUGUAGUUCAUACACAAAAUAUGGUUCAAAUAAACUAUUGUUGUUUUUCUG